CAAAACCCGCCACGUGAGGGAGGGUGUGAGUGACCUAGAAAGAGAGAGAAGAAGGUCAAGGAAGAAUGGCGGCUGCGGCGGCUGGCGAGGAGAGUGUUCUGGUGAAGUUCGUGACCAAGCAAGAGCAGUAUGCAGUGUCUGGGGCCUCGGUCCUGGUCUCGACGGACAGCAACAACGCUAAGCUGAAUGAACUCCUUAAAGCCUUCAUAACACAAGGCUCCACCAGGGUUGCCGCCGAUCUACCAAGGUUCGACUUCGUGAUUGAGGGGCAGCUCCUGGUUGGGCGGAUCUCUGAGCGGCUGGAGGAGAGCGGAAGAGGAUUGGAGGGAGUGGUUGAGGUGGAGUUUCUUGAGAGGCUUCCACCGCCCACCCCCAAGGAUUCACUCCACCACGAUGACUGGGUCUCGGCGGUUCAUGCCUCGGAGGACUGGCUGCUGACGGGGUGCUACGACAACACCCUACACCUCUGGAGCAUGGCGGGGCUGGCGGGGGGGCGGGGCGAGGGUGCGCACCGCAUGACCAUCCCCGCCCAUCGCGCCCCGGUCAAGGCGGUCAGCUGGCUACAGACAGAGGGCCCACUGAGGUCAUUUGUCAGCACCUCCAUCGACCAGACCGCCGUGGUGUGGGUGUGGCGGAGCGCAACCAAUUCGGUGGAGUGCGUCAGUGAGUGCUAUGGACACACCCAGAGCGUGGAGUGCGUGGCUGUGGACGACCGCAAGGAGUAUUUUGCCACGGGGAGCUGGGACAACCUGCUCAAGAUAUGGACUGUUGCAAACCAGGAGAAGAAGGAGGGAGAGGAGGAGGAGGAAGAGGAAGGAGGAGGAGGGGAGGAGAGGAAGAGGAGGAAGUCCACAAAACCACGGAAGAAGACCCCAUUAGUGACCCUCGACGGCCAUUCCGAGAGCGUGGGGGGGGUGGCCUGGACUGGGGGCGGGGGAGGUGAGGUGGCGACAGCUUCCUGGGAUCACACUCUUAGGGUCUGGGACGUCGAGCUGGGUGGGGUCAAAGGUCAGGUCGUCGGGAACUGCGCGUUCUUCUGCGUGUCAUGGUCGCCGCUCGCUCGCACCCUCCUGGCCGGCUGCGCUGAUCGGCAUAUCCGGAUGUAUGACCCCAGGCUGACGGAGGGCAGCGUGGUGCAGCAGAAGUUCACGUCACACACCAAGUGGGUCCCCAGCGUGCGUUGGUCCACCACAUCGCCGAACCUCUUUGUGUCUGGAGGCCACGACAACCUCAUUAAGGUCUGGGAUGUCCGGAGCCCCAAGGCCCCGCUGUACGACCUGACGGGGCACGACGACAAGGUUCUGGCGGUGGACUGGACACACCCCGGCUAUGUAGUGAGCGGCGGAGCGGACUGUACCACAAAGGUCUUCGACACGGCUGUCAGGAGGGAGGCUGAGGCUGCUGCUGCUGCUGGUGCUCCUGUGUAGUGUGUGUGUGUGUGUGUGUGUGUGUGU